UUUCUUUCACAUUAUUUGUUUUGAUCUGAUCGUUCCGUGAAAGUAAAACGUGUGCCGUGCGUGCGUUCUCCUUUGCUGGAAUUAUUUUUUUAAAUAUUUUGGUGAAAAUCUAUAGUUUUGGCCUGAUUAAACCGGAUUAUGGAGCGGACGUUGAACUACGAAAACAAAGUGAUUUUAGCGCCAAUGGUUCGAGUGGGAACGCUGCCAAUGCGGCUGCUGGCCUUGUCGUUCGGCGCGGAUAUUGUUUACACCGAGGAAAUCAUCGACUGGAAGCUGCUCAAGUCGGAACGGCGAGUUAACGACGUCCUCAAGACGAUUGACUAUGUGGAUAAAACAGACGGAACCGUCAUCUUUCGGACUUGCGAAAAGGAACGCGGCAAAGUGGUGCUUCAACUUGGGACUGCCAAUGCAGCCAGGGCCUUACAAGUCGGCAUAAAACUGCAAGGGGACAUAGCAGCUCUGGAUAUUAAUAUGGGCUGUCCAAAAGACUUUUCCAUCAAGGGUGGAAUGGGAGUGGCCCUGCUGUAUGAUCUGGACCGGGCCAAGGGCAUCCUCAAAACUUUGGUCGAUAAUCUGCACAUUCCGGUCACUUGUAAAAUCAGAAUCAUGCCAGAGUUGGAAAAGACCAUCCAGACAGUGCAGGAACUGGAGUCGACUGGUAUAGCGGCAAUUGCCGUGCAUGGUAGGACGAAAAUUGAACGUCCUCGGCAUCCGGUGCAUCCAGAGGUAAUUCGUGAAGUAGCAAAGAUAGCCAAAAUUCCGGUUAUUGCUAAUGGGGGAUCGCAGGAAAUGGCCAAGCGAUCUGAUAUCCUUAAAUUUCGGGAUGCGUGUGGGGCUUCCAGUGUCAUGGUUGCCAGGGCUGCACAAUGGAACUGUUCCAUCUUCCGCAGCGAGGGACCUUUGCCCAUAGAGGAAAUUAUCGAUCGGUACCUCCGGUUAGCGGUAGAGUAUGAUAACCCGCCUUCAAAUACAAAGUAUUGCGUUCAGAUGAUUUUGAGGGAUUUGCAAGAAUCAGAAAAAGGAAGAAAAUUCUUAGAUAGCCAAACUUUGGAACAGAUUUGUGAUGUGUUCGAUCUUGGACAGUAUUGUAGAGCAAAGCAGCUGGAAUACCACAAUGCUGGUAUACAGGGACGGAGGCAAGCUUGUCCUCGGAGGGAGGAAGAUGAGCAGGACGAAAAUUGUCCAUCGAAGAAAGUUAAACUGGAUAAUGGGGUAGACGAGGGUGUUAUUCAACACAACAUCAGUUUUAUCCGGGUAAAUUAUACCGAAGACAAAGAGCUACCGAAAAGUAAGCUGUACCUCUACACAGUGCGAAACAACUUGAAGCUGCCGAAGUACGAGAUGAUACACAAGGACAAGUUGUUCAGAGCAAUAGUUCAGGUGGGAGAUGCCAAAUACAGUAGCUCUUUCUGGGAGAAGAGUAAAAAAUAUGCAGAACAAUCGGCCGCUAUGACCAGUCUGCUGCACUUGGGCAUCGUUAGUAAAGAAAAUCUGAUAGAAAAUGGAUCUAUGAUAGGAUAAAACCAUUUUUAGAUUUGAUUUUGAGAUGCUAAAUUGAAAUUUUAUUUAAUUGAUAUUUCUGUUAAGUUUAUUUUACAUAAGUGUAAAUAUGUAGCAUACAUAGAUGUUUAACUAGGAAAAAGCUUAAACAAUUACGACAUUCAAACUGUGAACUGAA